GCAACUGCAGCUAAGGUAUUGCAGGAGACAUGUAGCUAUAUAAGGAGCUUACACCGUGAGGUUGACGACCUUAGCGAGAGGCUGUCGGAGCUGUUAGAGACUACUGAUAACAAUAGUGCUCAAGCUGCCAUUAUAAGGAGCUUGCUUAUGUGA